AUGGAUGGAACGGACGUGCGUACCAAGGGUCAGGACGCGCCCCAUUUCUUCAAAAUGCUCCGCAAGUUCCUCAAGAAGGAAUGCAUUGACGAAUUCCACCCGUCGUACUUUGUGGGCUUCUUGGGCUGUGGAAUCACGGCAAACAUCCUAUACGGGUUCCCCUUUGAAGCGCAAUGGUUGCGAAUUUGCGGCAUCAUCAUGUUCUGUCUCACGAUACUAAUCUUUGUAUCCACCAACAUCAUGCUUGUGCUCAGUUGUUGGUACUAUCCCGAGCGGAUAUCGCUCUACAUGCACAAGUACAACUACUCGAUAUACUUUGCCGUGCACUCGAUGGGCUACACCACCAUUGUCAAUGCUAUCCACCUAUUUGUUCAAGGACGGUACCCGAUUUUCCUUUGGGUGUUGUGGUGGAUUGGCGUCGGUAUCGCCACGUUCAACAACACCAUCCUUUUCUAUUUUACGUUCUUGUCCAAGCUCAACAUCCACACCAUGAGCGAUAUCAACUCCACCGUCCUCAUGCACGUGGUGUGCUGCUGCGUCAUCUCGUCCACGGGCCACAUUAUCGCCGCCGAUCUCGAAGGACGAAACCAACAGAUUAUAACGGAGCUAUUGGCGUUUAUGUUGUUUUGCAUCUCGAUAAUGCUAUUCCAUGGCGUGGGUGCCGUUUACAUGAUGCGACUAAUCCUCUUAAAAGUACCAGACACCCUGCAAAUCUUUACCCAGUUCCUACCCGUGGGGUUCACGGGCCAGAGCAGCUACAGCAUAAUGCUCUUCGGCAACAACAUGUUCCAUUUCAUUCCGGACAAGGUUCUCGGCACGUCCUUUCUCGUGCCCUGUGCCUUGUCAGCGUACUUGCUACUCGCGGGCGCCUACAUCUACAUGAUCAUUGCAAUCAUCUCCUGCAUGUCCAAAAGCAGGCCGUUUGCAACCAACGUCAACCCCGAGUGGACAACAAAGCGAUUCGGCCUUAUAAAAUGGAGCAAAGGGUGGUGGACAAUGACUUUCCCCGUUGGCACCAUGUCGUUGGCCAACGGUGAAAUUGCAAAAGGGGUUGGCGGAUACGAUUUUGUAUUCUUCAAGGUCAUGAGUGCCAUCUUUGCGGUUGCAUUGGUUUUUAUUUGUCUUGUGAAUCUCACUGGUUUGACCAUGAGCAUCGCUGCAAAGAUUAAAGCGGCUUUUUUCGCAACCCCCACAGAUUUACAAUUCUCGGUAAAAGACAAGGUCUAG